AUGCAAGCCGCAGCCGCUGCCAAGUCCAAGGCCACGGCCGCCACGGCCAACGCGCCCAUCUUCCUCCAGAAGACGUACACGAUGUUUGAGAACUCGCCCGACAGCGUCGCCGCCUGGGCCAACAACGGAACGACCAUCGUCAUCAAGGACCCUGAGGAGUUCGCGCGAUCGGUCCUGCCAAAGUACUUCAAACACAACAACUUUGCCUCGUACGUACGGCAGCUCAACUUUUACGGCUUCCGCAAGUACAAGAAGGACGACAUUGUCAUUGUCGACGACGACAAGACGAAGCACUGGUGGGAGUUUUACCACGACCAGUUUCUGCGCCACCGGCCCGAGCUCAUGGCGCAGAUCCGCCGCAAGACGUACUCGGAGAACGACUCGACCGAGAAGGAGGAUGUCGAAGUGCUCAAGAGUCAGGUGGUCUCGUUCCAGAACCAGCUCGAGCAGCUCACGGGCCAGAUCACAAGCCUCACAGCCGUCGUCUCGGCCCUCAUGGCGCGCAGUGGCAAGCGCCCGGGCGCACCGGCCACACCUGCAGCCGUUGCCGCCCUGGCCGCGCAGGCCAAGCGGAGAAAAAUGGCCGAGACCGACAGCAUCGUGCAGCUCUAA